AUGGCCGCCGAACGUGACUCAGAAUGGUAUUUUGGCUCUCGAAUUUCAGUUUCCGAAGAACAAGCUUCUAGUUCUAGUGACUUUACAGAGUCAAGUAUAGAAAUUAUACUUGAUGAAGACGAUUUAUAUGAAAGCGAAAAAGAAAAUUCUCCGGUUUCGGAAUUCGACAAUGAUUAUCGUGCUCAAAACGAAAACGUAACCUUUGUAGAUAAUUCUUAUCCAAAAAACAAACAAGACACGCAAGAUAUAGAGUUCGUACAUGGCCCCAAUAUACUUGACGAGACUAUAGAAUUUGUAAAUGGUUCUAAUUUACAAGACGAGACUAUAGAAUUUGUAAGCUCUUCUAAUAAUAAAUUUUCUACACAAGAAAGUGGAGACCUUUUUUCUUCUGAUUCAGGAGAUUAUUCAAGUAAUGACAGUAGUUUUGAUGAUGAUUCUUCAAAUGAAGAUAUAGUAUUCGACCUUGCAAAACUUCAACGUGAAAAGGAAAGGAUUGCGUUACUUAAAAAUGAAUCGACCAAUGACUCAAAAAAAAUCAAUAAUUCGUCUUCUAAUGGGUUUCCCGUCACGUUUAACGCUGGGAAUGUUAUCUCUGAAGAAUCGUACAUGGAUAUUACGUCUCCGGGUCCAAAAUGUCCGAUAAAUUCCGCCCAAAGGAUUUCAGUUCAUAUGUUAAAACAUGAAAAGUUUAAAGCUUCAUCAAGAACAUUUGCACCUCCCAAUUCUUACAUUAACGAUGGAUCUGCAUGGAUUCCUGAUAUUAAACGAACGCAACUUCCAAUUGAAAAACGAAAAGAUGAUAUAAUUAAUAUUAUUCGUGAAAAUAGGGUUGUUGUGCUUAGUGGUAGUACGGGAUGUGGGAAGCGCCGUAUCGCUGCAACCUCUCUCGCACAUCGUGUGGCUUCUGAACGUGAUACCCCACUUCAUGGACAAAUUGGAUUUCAUAUUGGUGGUAAAGGAGGUUAUUCGAUAGCAACAAGAUUACGAUACGUUACUACGGGAAUCUUAUUGGAAAUGCUUAAGAUGGAUCGAUAUUUAAGAUCUUAUACUCAUGUGAUCAUGGAUGAGAUACACGAACGUAAUGUUGACGAUGACUUGAUGAUGGCACAUCUUUGUACUAUUAUGAGACAAAAUUCAUAUUUAAAGUUAAUUGUUAUGUCGAAAUUUGCGAAUUACUUUCGUGAAUUUGAAACCGAAAAAGAUGGGAUUUUCACCGAAAUUCCUUGGAUAGAUAUACCAACCAAAAAAUUUCCAGUUGAUGCAUUUUACCUGGAAGAUGUCUGUGAUGCACUCGAAGUUCCUGAAACAGUUAGAUACAAGGUUUUAAGUGAUCCUCUUAAACCUUCUAUGAUGCAAGAUCGUCGAGAAUUGUUCAUAAAUUGGAUUUAUGAUUGUCACAUAAAUUCACCAGCUGAUGAUGCUUUUUUGAUUUUUCUCCCGGGAAUUUCCAUAAUUGCAGAAAUGGAAGAUCAACUGAUGUUUCUUAAUCACCUUCAUAGAAUUGAAAAAAAGAAAUCUUGCCCUAAUAUCUCAGUUAUUAAACUUCAUUCCACUAUCACAAUUGAUGAACAAUGUUUGGUUAUGAUACGACCAAAAAAGGGAUAUCGAAAAAUUAUCUUAGCAACAAAUGUUGCCGAAAGUUCAAUUACUGUACCAGAUGUAAAAAUUAUUUUUGAUUCUUGUUUAAGAAAGGACAUUUUUUAUGAAAAAGAAUCACGGUGUUAUAGUCUUAAUGAACAAUGGAUCAGUCAAGACUGUGCCGAACAACGAAGAGGAAGAGCCGGAAGAUUAAGGCCUGGUGUGGUUUACAGGUUCGUACCUAAAAAAUUUUAUGAUAACUUGUGCAAGGAAAGAACACCUGAGAUAAGAAGAACUCCUUUAAGUUCAUUAUUAUUGCGAUGCAUCUAUGCAAAUUUUGGAGAUCCUCGUGAACUUUUGUCUCAUUGCAUAGACCCUCCUGAAGACAUGGCUGUUGAUUAUGCUUUGGAAGAUUUAGAAUCAACUGGCGCGGUCAUAAAAACUCAUGAACAUUUUGAAGAAAAUGAUGAUUGGAUUCACGGUGAUAAGGUUUCUUAUGAAUAUGAAGUUACUCGUCUUGGGACUGUUUUAGCACAACUUCCACUAGAUUUGCAUUCGGGAUUAUUAGUCGUGUAUGGCGCUUUAUUUGGAGCUUUAUACGAUACUUUAAUAAUAGCAGCAAUUUUGCAAAAUCGAGGUGUGAUAGUGCAACCACCGAAUAUGGAAAUAUGGAUUAGUGCUGCUAUGAAAAGAUUUCACAAAAAUCUGCCUGAUAAUUUUCCAUUACAAGGGGGAUCUGAUUUAAUAUCGCAUCUAAGAGCUUAUUUAUAUUGGGAGGAAACUACGCAAAAAGACAAUUCUUUUAAUCACAAAAGUGAACAGGCUUGGUGUCAACAACAAUUUAUCAGUUUAUAUUGGAUUCGUGAAAUACAAGAUAUGGUAAUUUCUCUUCGCGAGUCUUUGGCUUACCAAAAUAUAUGUGCACCUCCAACACUAGAAGAAAGGGAUAAAAUUCGUAGGAAUCUAUAUGACAAUCCAGAUGAUCAAUCAGAUAAUGAUACAAUAGAUGAAACGUAUAAUCGUUUUUUAAAAACCCCAACUUCUCAAACAAAUGUUGCUGAAUCCUUUCAUUCAAAAAUUUCAGAAAUUAAUCCUUGGACAAACAUUUUUGAUCGUAAUCACGGAAUUACAAGUAGACCAGUUAAUUUGAAACGAGAACCUAAUAUUCCUCUAAUUACAAUUUUAUUGAUAGCUGCAUUUCAUCAAAAUUUAUUUCGUGUAAUUUCAAAUAGUAAUAGUCGUGUUUUCAGGUACUGCCCCAAAAAAUUCAAUCGACAACACACAAUUGAAUUCGGAGCACAACUUCUCCCACCAAAGAAAGUGCUUGUCGAUACACUCGAAACGGAAAUUGGAGCGAUACAAAACAUAGUGCAUCCUGAUACCCAUCCAUCAGAUUUGAUGAGUUUUUAUGAAUAUUGUUAUAUUGAAUUUGUGAAACCUGCAAUCCCUUUAUGGACGCAUUCUCGAUGUAGAAAAAAAACAGCUCCACCAGAUGCGGUUUAUUUGGCUCAAAAGUUUAGAAGUGUAAAGUAUGGUAUAUGGACUGAUAAUGGGUCCAUUCCAACCGAUUUAGAAUCAUUAAUCAAUUGUGACACAGUAUACUCGGAGGAUCAAAAAAAAUUACGAUUUACUAGUAUUAAUGGUUGUCCGGAGACAACAACUGCUCUUUCCGCAAUAUUUCAUUCAAACCAAACGAAAGUCUUUCAAUCUAAGAAUUCUUUGUUCUUCCCAUUAAUCAUUGAUCCUGGUGAAAACCAUUGUUAUGCUAUAUGUGCGAGUAAAUUACUUACCGUAAAUUAUGGAAAAUCACAUGUAGCCGAACACAUCACUUGCCUGAUAGGUCCUUUAAAUGCAGCUAAUUACGUUGGAGAUGCAAUUCUCGCAUUAUUUGCAAAUAAAGUGACGAUAGACAAUGGUUCUUGGAAUGUCUAUGUAAAUAUGGCAAGAUAUCCACUAUUUAGCAGAGCACCCUCGGAAGUAGAUAAAAGUUUAAUCAAUUCAUUCAGGGACUUUAUGAAGCAAGCAUUGAUUGAGAAAGCCCCUAAUAUAGAUUCUUCCAUUUCCGAAUCCACAAACAAAUCAAAUCCAACUACUCGCAAAGAGUUAGUUGAUAUUUGGAAGGAAUGUCGUGUCACUUCUGAUGAAGCAGGAAAGUUGUUAGUGAAAUCUAUAUUAAUGAUUAUUUAA